CCCUCAUCUUGCAGCACAGGCAGUCAGUCAGUGCCUGGUAGCGAUUUGGACGAGGGCGUAUGGACUUGAGGCAGCAGUGUAUGCAUUUCCCACAGACUGUGGUCGUACUUUUCUCCUCUUGGACGGAUUACCGCUGAGUUGACACAUAGCCCAAAAGCCGCUUCGCAUUUUUCCGCUGCAUUUCUCCAUCUGAAGGCCUGUCACAGAGUAAAGUGGCUCGGCGUGCGUGUGUUUAGACAGCGGAGCGAGAGCAGCAGUGUGUCCCCGAUGGCUGGCUGGAAAGACGGCUCAGUGCAGGAGAAAUAUCGCCUGGUGGUCGUCGGAGGUGGUGGCGUCGGAAAAUCAGCGUUAACCAUCCAGUUUAUCCAGUCAUACUUCGUCACCGACUAUGACCCCACGAUUGAAGACUCGUACACAAAGCAGUGUGUGAUUGACGAGAGGCCUGCGCGGCUGGACAUCCUGGAUACAGCAGGACAGGAAGAGUUCGGAGCCAUGAGAGAACAAUACAUGAGGACAGGGGAGGGUUUCCUUCUGGUCUUCUCUGUCACCGACCGGGGAAGUUUUGAAGAGAUCUACAAGUUUCAACGGCAGAUCUUGAGAGUGAAGGACCGAGAUGAAUUUCCCAUGAUUCUAGUGGGUAACAAAGCUGAUCUUGAGCAACAGAGACAAGUGACCCAAGAGGAAGGACAGCAGCUCGCUCGACAACUCAAAGUCACAUACAUGGAGGCCUCAGCUAAAAUCCGGAUGAAUGUAGACCAAGCUUUCCACGAACUGGUUCGAGUCAUUAGGAAGUUCCAAGAGCAGGAGUGUCCACCUUCACCAGAGCCUACGCGCAAAGAAAAGGACAAGAGCGGCUGCCACUGCGUGAUCUUCUGAUUGGCCGCUAAUAGUUGGCAAUCACCCAGCUGCUGUCACCGGCCCCUCCCCCCCACACACCCUGCCUUCUGACAUCACGUCCUGUGCGGAUCAGUUCGCUGCCUUUCUACAUGUGCAUGUCUUCAAAUCAGCAGUCGCUCUCAUAGCCUUAUCAGGGGCCUUUGUGCCUCCAGGACUUCACUACUAGAAGAACCAAACUGACAAAAUCUUGACCGAACUCACCAUUCUACCUUCAACUAGAGUACUGACAUCAACGUGACCUAGAAUAUGGUAAUCGUGCCCCAACACUAAACAUCGCUUCUUACAAAAACACACACACACGCACACACACACACACAUACGAUUCCUUUUUUUUUUUGUAUUUUGAAGGAUUUUUUUUCCUCUUGCCUUGUGACAUUUGUACUCUUGCUGCGAUUUAAAGGAUUAAACGAAACACCGUUGGGAUUGCGGAUGACUACUUUUAGUCACCGGUCUUUUAGAGAUGACGUUCUGAAGCUUUGUUUGUGUGUGUGUGUGUUGUGCCAUAUCUGUUUUUACUUGCGUAUGUUAAGCAGCGAUUGUACAUAAGUGAAAAUUCGUGUGAGUUGAGACCACCUUUAUAGUGUGUGCGCGAGUUUGACCAGCUUGUUUUGACAUGCGUUAAAAUGGUAAUGUAUACUCGCAGAAAUGUACAUAUAUAGAUAGCCUCUAACAUGAUGCCAACUUUGUCAGUAGUGAAGUCGUUUUUAAUUUUUUUUUCUUGUUUUAUUUCUCGAGAUGUCUUUUUUGGUCUGCUUUUUUGCAUUGUAAGGCUUCUUGGCGGGUAUGGAUUUGAUUAUUUUAAGGGAUAGUUCGACUAAAGAAUGAAAAUUGAAACUCUCAUGUAGGCACAGGACGUCAACAUGAUGUCAUAUUGACGUUGUACCCCAAUUUCGUGGGGAUGUUGGACUUUGUUUUGAAAUGAAAAUCAGGUUGACGUCAGAACCCAAUGUCAGGCCUACAUCAAUAUCCUACGUCGAACCUAAAGUCAACCAAAUAUCAACGUCUACUCAUGUUACACCUUGACGUUGUGUGGACAUUACCAGUAUGACAUCUAUCAGACGUUGGAUUUUGGUCACUUUCCAACACAACCUAAAAUCAACCAAAUAUCAAUGUAAAUUGAUGUCAUUAAUGGAUGUCAAAAUAAUGUUGUACUUAGACGCUGGCUAGACAUUUAAUUUUGGUUUACCAGACAUCAUGACCUAAAUCGAACCUUUUAUUAACAUCUUAUGAUGUUGUGUACCUGCUGGGAUUGUUCCAAACCAAAAUAUUUGUCUCUGAAACACACAUGCAACCUUUUUUAAAAGAUACUGGGUAGUUUGCGUACAAUCUAUAGUCGUUACUUACAAAUGUAUUUUUAUCCGUGAUAAAAAUGUUUUCAGUUUUCCUGAAAUUCAGAAGGAUGCAUCACAAUUAUUUUACAUGAUAUUUACAUGGCCAUUUUGAAUAUUCAAAACUAAACAAUACAACAUACUGUACCUUCUUUUAGAAAGAUAAAUUUAAUUGUAAUCUUAUGUAUAUUAAAAAAAAUUACAAGUACAAUAUUUUAAAAUCCUAAUUUAUCCAGAGGUUUUCUGCCAAAAUAAAAGAUCCAUGGUUUAAAAGGAAAGUUCACAGAAAAUGUCAUUUCUACCAUCAUUUACUCACCCUUAGAUCCCAAUCCUUAAGUUUCUCAACCUAAAGGUGAGUAAACAGUGUCAGAAUUCAAAUCUUUGGGUGAACUAUCCUUUAAUGCUUGAAAACAAAAUAUAAAAAGUAUAAUGUAGUAAUAAUAAUAAUAACAUUAAUUUUUUAAUUAAUAUUUAUUACUAUUUUUAGUCAUUUUUAAUACGGAAAACUACUGUUCCUUUAAUAAUACUAAGAAACAUUGUCAUUUUUUAUAAUUAUUAAAAUAUCAAGAAUAUUAUACUAUCGUUUUAAAUAGAGAGAGAGUGUGUGUUUGUGUGUAUGUACAGUAUAUGUACAGGAGUUGGCCAAUGAAACUGAAAGCCUGGUUUUAGACCACAAUAAUUCAUUAGUAUGGUGUAGGUCCUGCACAUUGGCCAGAGGGAUUUAGAGUCGUUCUUUUUGCAGAAUAGUGGCCAGAUCACCACAUAAUUCUGGUGGAGGAAACGUUUCCUGACUCACUCCUUCAAAACACCCCAAAGUGGCUCAAUAAUAUUUAAAUCUGGUAACUGUGGAGGCCAUUCACUUUCAUGUUCAUCAAACCACAAAGUUUUGCUGUGUGAAUCAGUACAUUAUCAUCCUGAUACAUGGCACUGCCUUCAGGAUAUAAUGUUUAAACUAUUGGUUGCACUUGGUCCUCUAGAGUCGUUCGGUUGUCCUUGACGUGCCCGUUUAGCAAUAGCAUUGGGUCUAGGGAAGGGCAUGAUAUUGCAGCCUAAAACAUCACUGAUCCACCCCAUGCUUCACUAUGGGCAUGCAGCAGUCUGGGGUUUACGCUUCUUUGGGGUUUCUCCAUAAUUCUCCAUAACUCUCCCGGAUGUGGUAAAGACAGUUAAUUAUUAUUAUUAUUAUUAUUAUUAUUAUUAUUAUUAUUAUUAUUAUUAUUAUUAUUAUUAUUAUUAUUUUACUUUUUUGCUGAAUGGAAAUGUAUAGUGUCUAAUGUAGUUUUAAGGCCGACUGUAAAAAUAAAAUUCACACAAAAGUCAUGCAGGUUUGGAAUGACAUGACAAUUUUCAUCUUUUUGGUUGAGCUGUCCCUUUAACUUCUAUGAUUGUGAAAUGUAUUGUACAUGUAGCCAGAUUGUUCAAGUUUUCUUGACUCUCAGCUCAGAUUUCUACAGACUCUCUCCAGACUCAGGUUCCUCUAUAUACAGUGUUUUCACAAUGUUCGGACGACGUUCGCUCAGUUGUGCACAAUAGCCUGUCUGUUCUCUACUAAGUACCCCACGAGAAGUUGUGUGUUUUUCUGGCUUUGCAUUUUCAUUUUACUUUUGCUGUGAUUUUUCUUUUUAAAAGUUGGUUUGGAAAAGCAUUUAAGUGACUGAAUCAGUGUAGAGACUUGGUUUCAAGGGGACGGUUCAACUGCUGACAUCACAGGCAUCCUUUAAACAUCGUUUCAUGUACAUAAUCAGAAAAAAAUAAGCCUUUUUUAAAAUAUAUCACACACAAGAGAGAAUUCAUACACCAUAUACACACAUUCCCUCAAGACUGGCCUUUUUCGGUUUGACAUCUCUGUGACGUUCACAUUUAAAUCUGGUAUUUGUCAUCUGAUAAUUCAUAUACCAUGGGUUCAUAUCACUAUUGCAUCGUCACACUUUAUUCUCAUCUUUCUGUUUUAUUUCUAGCGUGCAUUUCUGUAUGAGGGAUACAAAUAAACUCUUUUAGUUUUGGUGUUUUAUCAUCAUGUAAUAUAAGAAAAAAAGAUGGAAGUGAUCUUUUGAAUGGACAUGAUUAAAUGUUUUUACUAUAUACUUUUAUACAUUAUUUUCUUAUCAGACUAGUUAAUGAGUAUUUUUAUAUGUUUGUAAGUGAAGAAAAAAAUGCUUUCGUGGCACAACUGUGUAUAUGUAAAGAGGAGUAUUUAAUUAUCUCGGUUUGUUUUUAACUGAAAAAAGGCCAAUGUAUGUGGAACUGUGGCUUUUUUGGUGAACAGAAGCCGAUAAACCAUCCAACUAGCCGUCCACCUCAUAGUGUAUGACAUAGAAUAAACCGAUGAACUCAGGUUCAUAUCCUACACAACCUUGUUCGUUAUACCAGUAAACGGCAAAAUGGAUGAUGAUGAAAGCGAGUAAGAACAGAAGUGCAUGACUCUUCCUCGUCCCAGAGUCUGUGUACAUCCAAACCAUACUGUGUUUUACUUGUUUAACACAUCUUUCCUUCCCCUUGUAUAGCCUCUGGUGCUAUAAUAAAUUCUAUGAUUUAUCUGUGAUACAUUA